GCAUGGACGUGUAAUCGGUCGCCAGAUUAUGGUGCGACAGGACUGGAGUGAGGUGGCAACUGGCAGGAGCAGACUCCGGUACAAGAAGAGGUGACUCUUUCUAGCUGUGUCACUUAUUGUUAACACGGUUCCUGAGCUCUAAGGAGGAACUUCUUCAUUUGAAAAGGUCUUGUGCAUUCCAGCGCUGCCAUGUCAGCGAAAGCCAUCUCAGAGCAGACAGGAAAAGACUUCUUGUACAAAUACAUCUGCACCUCAGCAGCUGUGCAGAACCGCUUCCGCUAUGCCAGUGUCACCGCUGAGACUGACUGGGAGCGCCUCACACAGGAGCAUCCCUGGCUGCUAACAGAGCAACUGGUGGUCAAGCCAGAUCAACUGAUCAAGCGACGUGGGAAGCUCGGGCUGGUGGGCAUAAACCUGGACCUGCAGGGUGUCAAAGACUGGCUCAAAUCCCGUCUUAUGAGGGAAACCACUGUGGGGAAGGCAAAGGGUGUGCUGAAGAACUUCCUUAUUGAGCCUUUUGUUCCUCAUACCCAGGAGGAGGAGUUUUAUGUGUGUAUAUAUGCCACCCGUGAAGGCGACUACGUGCUCUUCCACCAUGAAGGAGGGGUGGAAGUGGGUGACGUUGACGCCAAGGCCCAGAAGCUGUUGGUCCCAGUGGAUGAGAAGCUGAGCGAGGAGCAGGUCACAGAGCAGCUCCUCGUGAACGUUCCUGAUGAUAAGAAAGAAGUCCUGUCCAGUUUUAUAGUUGGCCUCUUCAACUUAUAUGAGGACCUCUACUUCACCUACCUUGAGAUCAACCCUCUAGUUGUCACUAAAGAUGGAGUAUAUGUCCUCGACAUGGCAGCAAAGAUUGAUGCCACUGCUGAUUACAUCUGCAAGGCUAAAUGGGGGGAUGUAGAGUUCCCACCGCCCUUUGGCAGAGAAGCAUAUCCAGAGGAGGCGUACAUCGCUGAUCUGGACGCAAAGAGUGGCGCCAGUCUGAAGCUGACUAUACUGAACCCUCGUGGACGGAUCUGGACCAUGGUGGCUGGAGGAGGGGCUUCAGUAGUCUACAGUGACACCAUCUGUGACCUAGGCGGCGUGGAUGAACUGGCUAACUACGGCGAGUACUCUGGAGCGCCUAGUGAGCAGCAGACCUACGACUACGCGAAAACCAUCCUCUCUCUCAUGACGCGAGAGAAACACACUCAAGGGAAAGUGCUGAUUAUCGGAGGAAGUAUUGCCAACUUCACCAAUGUAGCAGCCACAUUUAAGGGCAUUGUAAGGGCUAUCAAAGACUACCAAGGCCCUCUGAAAGAGCAUGAAGUCACCAUCUUUGUUCGCCGUGGAGGGCCCAACUACCAGGAGGGCCUGAGGGUGAUGGGAGAAGUAGGGAAGACCACAGGCAUCCCCAUCCAUGUUUUUGGUACAGAGACCCACAUGACGGCCAUUGUUGGCAUGGCUCUGGGCCACCGUCCAAUACCAAACCAGCCCCCAAUGGAUGCUCACACGGCCAACUUCCUCCUCAACGCCAGCAAUAGUGCAGCGACUCCAGCUGCAACAAGGACUGCUUCCUUCUCUGAACCCAGGACAUCAAAUGAUGUCACCCCAGCCAAGAAGUGUAAAGGAGGUCUUCCAGCAGAAGCGCAAGCCUCUUCAGGCUGCAGCGGAGCCAAAGCCACUAUGCUCUUCAGAAAACACACCAAGGCCAUGGUGUGGGGCAUGCAGACACGUGCGGUGCAAGGCAUGAUGGACUUUGACUAUGUUUGCUCUCGGGAUGAACCCUCAGUGGCAGCCAUGGUCUACCCCUUCACUGGGGAUCAUAAGCAGAAGUUUUACUGGGGCCACAAGGAGAUCCUUGUGCCGGUAUACAAGAACAUGGCCGAUGCCAUGAAGAAGCACCCAGAGGUGGACGUCCUGAUCAGCUUUGCGUCACUCCGCUCAGCUUUCGACAGCACAAUGGAGGCCAUGCAGUAUUCACAGAUCCACACCAUCGCCAUCAUAGCUGAGGGCAUCCCUGAAGCUCAGACGAGGAGGAUGAUCAAGCUGGCUGACGAGAGAGGUGUCACUAUCAUUGGCCCUGCUACGGUCGGUGGCAUCAAACCUGGCUGUUUUAAGAUCGGAAACACAGGCGGAAUGCUCGACAACAUCUUAGCAUCCAAACUUUAUCGUCCUGGUAGUGUGGCGUAUGUGUCACGCUCUGGAGGUAUGUCCAAUGAGCUGAACAACAUCAUCUCCCGCACCACAGACGGCGUGUAUGAAGGGGUGGCUAUUGGAGGAGACAGAUAUCCAGGCUCCACCUUCAUGGACCAUGUCCUCCGAUACCAGGACACUGCAGGGAUCCAGAUGAUAGUGGUGCUGGGAGAGAUUGGCGGUACAGAGGAGUACAAGAUCUGCCAAGGCAUGAGAGAGGGCAGGAUAACCAAGCCUGUGGUGUGCUGGUGUAUUGGAACCUGCGCCACCAUGUUCGCUUCAGAGGUUCAGUUUGGCCAUGCAGGGGCCUGUGCAAACCAGGCUUCAGAAACAGCAGUGGCCAAGAACCAGGCCCUAAGGGACGCUGGAGCUUACGUACCAAAGAGCUUUGACGAGCUUGGAGAUGUCAUCAAGACCGUUUAUGACGAACUGGUGGCCAACGGGACAAUCAUUCCUGCCCAGGAGGUGCCUCCACCAACAGUCCCUAUGGAUUACUCUUGGGCCAGGGAGUUGGGCUUGAUCCGUAAGCCAGCCUCAUUCAUGACCAGCAUCUGUGACGAGCGAGGCCAGGAGCUCAUCUACGCUGGUAUGCCCAUCACUGAGGUGUUUAAGGAGGAGAUGGGUUUAGGAGGAGUCCUGGGCUUGCUUUGGUUCCAACGCAGGUUGCCACGCUAUGCUUGUCAGUUCAUUGAGAUGUGUCUGAUGGUGACAGCUGACCACGGGCCUGCUGUGUCUGGUGCUCACAACACUAUCGUCUGCGCUCGAGCCGGCAAAGACCUCAUCUCCAGCCUCACCUCCGGCUUGCUCACCAUCGGGGAUCGUUUUGGAGGUGCUCUGGAUGCUGCUGCUAAACAGUUCAGCAAAGCAUUCGACAGCGGCAUGCUGCCCAUGGAGUUUGUCAACAAGAUGAAGAAGGAUGGCAAGCUUAUAAUGGGCAUCGGACACCGAGUCAAAUCAAUUAACAACCCAGAUAUGAGGGUUCAGAUUCUGAAGGACUUUGUGAAGCAGCACUUCCCCGCCACCCAGCUACUAGACUAUGCUCUAGAUGUAGAGAAGAUCACCACCUCCAAGAAACCCAACCUGAUUCUCAACGUAGACGGUUUUAUUGGUGUCGCCUUCGUUGACCUUCUCAGGACGUGUGGAGGCUUCACACGAGAUGAGGCGGAUGAGUUUGUAGAGAUCGGGGCACUAAAUGGGAUCUUUGUCCUUGGUCGCAGCAUGGGCUUCAUUGGACAUUACCUGGACCAGAAGAGGCUCAAACAGGGUUUGUACCGCCACCCAUGGGAUGACAUCUCCUACGUGCUCCCUGAACACAUGUCCAUGUAAUCUCUGCAUCAAUAAACAGGACGCACUUCAUGAUGAGAUUGCCCAUGUGGGUCAGGCAGCAUUUACACAUCUCACUUAACUUCUAUAUUGUUUGAACUCUUCAGUUAUAACAACAGCUGCCUUCGGGGAAAAAUGAGAUAGGAUGAUUCUGCAAAGUGGAGGUACUGUCUGUCUGAGGGGUCUGGGUGGAAGGUUUUGAUUUAGCUCUUAAUGGAUUAAAAAGGGGAAGUAUGUUUUCUGAUAUUGUUUUGUGAAAUUAUUUAAAGUCUAAGGUGUAACUUAAAUGAAGAACCAAACCAAUGCAAAAACUAGCAGCAGCUAUAGAAGCACAAAGUCAAACCCUACUUACGAAAACUGCACAAAAGUCUGGUUUGCAUGGUUGGUAGGAGUUUGAAUGGUUGGUACGAAUUUAAAUCUCUCCUACAUUAGCACCUAAAUAGUUAAACUCCUGCUGAAGUGAAAUGUUUCAAGAUCAGCAAUAUGGUAACGUCUUUUUUAUACUUACAAUUAACAGAACCUGAGUGAUUUAUUUGAACCAUUUGCCUGUUUUACGCCACAAGAAAGUGUCUCUAAAGGAUGCUUUUUUACUUUCUGAGUAUUGCACCUUAGUUGGAAAACUAGAUCUGAUAUCUGUUAUAAUUUUAUGUUUUCACUCUCUCUAGAAAAAACAAUAUUUGUCAGCAUAAUAUACCAAAGUUGUUUUUAGGUGUAUGUUGUCUUUGUUUAAAGUAAAAAAGGGUCCAGUGGCUGUACUACAGAGCUCCUCUGGGUCAUGUUUUGAAGAAAGAAGAUUUAAAAUGGAAAGGAGGAAUUCAGUGAACACAUAAUUAUAGUGUUAUUCCACCAUUGCCUUCUGUAGGACUAGUCGAUAAAAGUCAUGCUACUUUAUAUAGUUUUCCACACAAAGUAUGACUGGAACUGCUUGAGUUAGUUUUCUGAAUACCUGAGAGAAAACAGGAAACAUUAAGAUACAUCAAAAGUGAGGGAUAAAACACCUCAUGAAUGAACCCAAUGAGUCUUUGACAGCAUCAUUUGGCGAGGGGCCCUGAUAUCAGUUUGCUUUAAAUGGGGGAAUGAUUGCACAAAAUCAAUGUCGGCUAUGUAGGACAAAUGAAGACUUGACGCCAGAACUCAAAAACACUUUGUAACUGCUUACUGUAUGGCCUGCUGUUUUUUUUUUUCAUCUUUUUUGCUGUUUUUAUUUAACUGUGAAAAAAAAAUUGCUUUUGUCUUUUGUAAUAUGCUGUCAUACUGUAGUAUAUUAAUAAAGAACAUAGUUUUACUUCUCA